AUGGGACAGCCAUCCUUUCAGGCGUCUAACGCCCUCGUCUACGUGACAUAUGGAUUGUUUUUGAUCAUCGGAACAGCGGUGGCAUGGAGGUUUAGGAAGCAGAGCAAGGGCGAGUUCCUGGCUGGCAACAGGACUCAGACUGCGCUGCCGCUUGCCCUGAAUUUUAUCGCAUCUGCCCUCGGUGCCGGUAUCCUGUUCUCCUACCCCGAACUCGCGACCCUGGCCGGCGUUCAGGGGGUAGUCGUGUACGCGCUAUCGUCAGCGCUGCCAUUGCUGGGGUUUGCCGCGCUAGGUCCCAUCAUCCGGCGCAAGUGUCCCGAAGGGUUUGUCUUGACCGAGUGGACGCGGCAGCGGUAUGGGACCGUCGCGGCGUUGUACCUCAGCUUCAUGACGCUGGCCACGCUGUUUCUGUACAUGAUCUCGGAGUUGUCUGCUAUCGGGCAGGUGGUGAACCUGCUGACGGGGAUUGAUGGGCUGCCGGUGUUGAUUGUGGAGUGUGUCAUUACGACCAUCUAUACUUCUCUGGGAGGAUUCAAGAUCUCCUUCUUCACCGACAACAUCCAAGGUGCCAUGGUCGUGGGUCUGAUCCUCAUCGCUACCAUCACCGUCGGCGUGGAAACCAAGAUCGACACCAGCCUGAUCGAGUCCUCGGGGUUGACCAAGCCUAGUCUCCUGGGAUGGCAGCUCCUGUACAUUCUCCCUGUCGCUAUCCUCACCAACGAUUUCUUCUUGUCCCACUUCUGGCUCCGCACCUUCGCCUCCAAAACCGACCGCGACCUCUGGCUCGGCAUAAGCGGCGCCACCAUCGCAACCCUAAUCAUCAUCACCCUCGUCGGCUCGACCGGUCUAAUCGCCGCCUGGGCGGGCAUCUGGCCCGGCACCGAAGAAGAUCCCGUCGACGGCUCCGUCGCCUUUUUCGCUCUCCUCAUGCAACUCCCCAACUGGGUCGUCGGCGUGGUCGUCGUGAUGUCGGUGACCCUGAGCACCGCCGCGUUUGACUCGCUGCAGUCUGCUAUGGUGACGUCGGCGUCGAAUGAUUUGUUUCGGAAUCGGUUGAACAUCUGGUGGAUUCGGGCUGGUGUCGUGUUGAUUAUGAUCCCUGUUGUUGUCAUCGCCAUUCGUGCGCCGUCUAUCUUGCAGAUCUAUCUCAUCUCGGACUUGGUCUCUGCCGCGACCAUCCCCGUGCUGGUCAUUGGCUUGUCGGAUGCGUGUUACUGGUGGCGCGGGUUCGAGGUCAUCGUCGGCGGACUCGGCGGGCUGCUGACGGUGUUUAUCUUUGGCACGAUCUACUACGGCGAUGCGCAGCUGGGCGCAGAGUUGUUGCUUCUGGAGCAGGGGCUGUACACGGCGGAUUGGGGUGCGUUUGGGGCGUUUGUGGCCGCGCCCGUGGGCGGGGUGCUUUGGGGGUUUGGUGCGUUGGCGCUGCGGCUGGGGAUUCAGUAUGUGCGGGCGAGGGUUAAGGGGGAGCGGUUUGAUGCGCUGGAUCGGCCUAUUGAUAUCGCGCCGCCUCAGCUGGUUGAUCAUCAUGCGGCGGGGAGACGGGAGGGGGAUGUGGAGGACAGUGGGGAGAGUGUUUCGGAUGUGGCGCCGGGGGUUGCGAAGUCUACUGGCAAGUUCUUCUGA